AUGCUAUAAUUGCUGCCAAGUGCCAAGCCAAAUCAAUCUCGCAUUUUGCAAAAACGAAGUUGAAACGUGAUAUUUUGAAUUUCAUAAGUUUUUUUAAAUUCAACGUAUCGUUUAAAACAUUCCGAUGUUAAUUACAUUUAACAAGGCAAAACGUGAAUGGUUUAUAAUAAAAUGUUUUGAAUUGUGUUUAUUCAGCUUCAUUCAGUGUAUUAAUAAAUUUUUAGAGCACGCUUCUUGCAAUCAUAACCUCUACAUAAAUAUAAUAUCCAAACUCAUAAAUAAUUAUUAAACUUUUGUAAUAAGUGAAAAUUAGGCUAAUUGUUGAAAAAAUGAAACUUCUUACACAUAAUAUGUUGACAUCAAAAUGCAUGAAAGGAGUCCAAGUGGGUUAUCCUUUGGCACUGGAAGCAACAGAAGUAAAGGUGGUACAAACUGAUUAUAAUUCCGAUUUUAUCCAAAAGCUUUUACCCAGGCUAAAUUAUCCAACUUUGUAUAAAGCUGUAGAAAGUUUAGGUUAUACAGGUAAUUUACCAACUGAACUACCUGAAAAUUGGGAAUUGGAUGAGGAGCUGAUGAAAAAGCUUCAUCAUGCAUUAUUUGAAAUAGAUGUUGUCAAUGGAGAAAUGAUAUGUCCAGAAACAGGGAGAAAAUUUCCAAUUAACAAUGGUAUACCCAAUAUGCUUUUAAAUGAAGAUGAGGUUUAGACUGUAUUAUUAAUUGUAUAAUGAUUAUAAGCACUUUUUUAUUUGCGAAAAUAUCAAUAAUUUAAGUUAUCAAUUGUAAAAUUUAUAUUGUAAAUACUACUUGUGUUUUUCACAAAUCUAAUAGAAAUAAAUACUUAAAAAAUAAUUAUUUCUA